CCACUCUCAUUCGUUUCACACCGCGAGAGAGGAGGACAGCACGGCUGCGCAUCUUUCUAUCCCUCUAUCCGUCUGUCUGUCGGGCUCGGUGCUGAAGGAAAGCGCAUUGCUGUAGGUGGUCUACUGGUGGUCCGUUUUUUUCCUCAGCUGCUCGCUCCGGGGCGCAUCUCUGAUUACAGGCGGUCGAUGAGGACGGACACGAGCCUCCGGACAAACAGCGGCAGCAGAAGCAGAAGCAGCAGAUCGUUCACUUCUAGCGCACGAGCUACCGGCGUGCUGACACGCAGCGCCAUGGAGCCGCCCACCGCCUGCUGAUGCUGGAGGAGCACGAUGGGUUCUUGCAUGUCCACCUUAAGUCACCGAUCUAACGGGAUCAUAAAUGGAGGAGGAGAUUGACAACCGCAAAAUCAACAACAGCUUCCUUCGGGACCACAACUAUGCAACCGAAGCCGACAUCAUCUCUACGGUUGAGUUCAACUCAACAGGGGAGCUCCUGGCCACUGGAGACAAGGGAGGACGAGUGGUGGUUUUCCAGAGGGAACAGGAGAGUAAGAACCAGCCUCAUAGAAGAGGGGAGUAUAACGUUUACAGCACGUUCCAGAGCCACGAGCCCGAGUUCGACUACCUGAAGAGUUUGGAAAUUGAGGAGAAAAUCAACAAGAUCCGAUGGCUGCCCCAGCAAAAUGCAGCCUACUUCCUGCUGUCCACCAAUGAUAAAACUGUGAAGCUAUGGAAGAUCAGUGAGCGAGAUAAAAGACCAGAAGGCUACAAUUUGAAGGACGAAGAUGGAAGGAUUCGAGACCCUUCCACCAUCACCUCACUACGGGUACCAGUGCUGCGGCCCAUGGACCUCAUGGUGGAGGCCACACCCAGAAGAGUGUUCUCCAAUGGUCACACGUACCACAUCAACUCCAUCUCUGUUAACAGUGACUAUGAGACCUACAUGUCCACGGAUGACCUGAGGAUCAACCUCUGGCACCUGGAGAUCACCAACAGGAGCUUCAAUAUUGUGGACAUUAAGCCAACCAAUAUGGAGGAGCUGACGGAGGUGAUAACAGCGGCAGAGUUCCAUCCUCACCAGUGCAACACGUUCGUCUACAGCAGCAGUAAAGGAUCCAUUCGGCUGUGUGAUAUGAGAUCCGCUGCACUCUGUGACAACCACUCCAAAUUCUUUGAAGAACCAGAAGAUCCGAGCAAUCGCUCCUUCUUCUCAGAAAUCAUCUCUUCCAUCUCAGACGUCAAGUUUAGCCACAGCGGGCGGUACCUGAUGACGAGGGAUUACCUGACGGUAAAAGUGUGGGACCUCAAUAUGGAGAGUAAACCUCUGGAGACCUAUCAGGUACACGACUAUCUGAGGAGCAAGCUCUGCUCGCUGUAUGAGAACGACUGCAUAUUUGACAAGUUCGAAUGUGUGUGGAAUGGAUCAGACAGCGUGAUAAUGACUGGCUCCUACAACAACUUCUUCCGGAUGUUCGACCGCAAUACAAAACGCGACGUGACCCUGGAGGCGUCGCGGGAGAACAGCAAGCCCAGGGCCAUCCUGAAGCCACGCAAGGUGUGCGUGGGCGGCAAGCGGCGCAAGGACGAGAUCAGCGUGGACAGCCUGGACUUCAGCAAGAAAAUUCUCCACACCACCUGGCACCCCUCGGAGAACAUCAUCGCUGUGGCGGCCACCAACAACCUCUACAUCUUCCAGGAUAAGGUCAACUAGCGCGGCUGCCUGGGGAGCCUCAUACACAAACAGAACAUAAAACACAAAUAUGAACACACCACACACAUUUACACAAAUUCCAGAGGCAUAGGCGGAGACUGGUGGCGCUGUGAGGGGUGCUGUAUGGCUGUAUGAAGUGUAUGGCCUAGCUGGAGCUGCAGCUGGAGCUGGAGGCACUGGGGAUAUGAGAUUGUGUAUUGAGAGCUAAAAGAGCUGAAAGAGUUGAAGGCUGUGAAUAUAAAAUGAAGUGGGAUUUUGAGAAUAAGGCCAGACUGCAGACUUAAAAAGCUUCUCUCUCUCCCACACACAUACACACACACUCUAACACACACACACACACACACACUCAGUGUAAUGCUGCCAGACGUGUGUGAAUAUAAAGCAGCGGCCUGCUCUCCUUUCCUACUUUUUUUUUUAAAGAAUCGCCUCUUGAUUCCCUUUAACGAGUAUUUUAUUUAUUAUAUUUAUUUCGUUCUUCACUCGAGGGAAAUGCCUGACGAUUUGAAACUGGAACACAAGGCAGCAGUGAAGCUGUGUGUGAUGGAAAACAACAAAAAAACCUGUAAUGUAAACUGCAGCCAUGUGAGGCGGCCUAUUGCCGUUUCCCUGUUGCCUCUUUAGUCAAUGCCCUGGCACAUGAAACAGAGGGUGCCAUUCUAAUGAACUUGAUGGAUGUUCCAUUCCCUCCGACAGAAAGGACGUGGCACCCUUCACAUUAUGCCCUUUAGCCACUGCAGGGCUGUCAAUGACACGUGGAGCAGCAGCAGCGGACUAUGGAUGCGUCCGAUGCCGUCCACUGUCGUCCACACUGUUCCUUCUUUGCUACCUGAUUGGUCGGUUCUUGGAGUGACUGCUGACAUGCCGUGUUAUUUCAUGUCGCUGUUUUAUUCGUCCUUCUAAUUUCAGUUCUAAUGUUCCAGUUAAUACGCUGUGGUGCCUUCUUUUUGGUAUGUGGGCUCGAGAGUGGGUCGGGAGGGGAUUGGUGGGGCGCUGUUUUUUGGGUGGGGUGGAUAUAUUGGUUCGUGGAGUGUGACUGUUUUUGAAGAACUGUGGACUGAAUAGCUUUGUGUAACAAAAAAAAUGCUGAAAAAGCUAAACAAUGAAUGAAACAAUGAAUGAUUCGAAGUGCGCAGCCAGUUGCAAGUUGUUGCUGGCUGUGAAUGCUCACGAUUAAUGAAGUGUAUACCCCCCCUGGAUUUGACUUCCUUCAAUGCAGUGUUGGGCGAAAGCUGUACUUGCACUCCUUGUAACAAAAAAUCACUGUAAUUAUUAAGAAUGUCUUGCUCUGCAGGGUGCGAACAAAGUCUGCAACACGAGAUACCCUCGCCACUCGCUGGAGAGAUGCUCCACAGUCGUGCAUUUGUCAGAGACACUUAAUGCAACAUUGUCCAACUUCGAGUAUGUUCCAUGACCUGGAACUGGGAGAGAAAGAGCGGAAGAUCUUGAUGUAGCCUAACUAGACAUGAAGGUUCUGUGAUAUCAGGGAAUUUUAGGUACAAGUCCUUUAGAAAAAAAAAAAUACAAAUGUAAUGUCUUCUAAAACAACUUCAGUUGUGAACUUCUUAAUGAAAACAAAGUUUUAUAGCUGAGAAUGUAUUUAAAUGCAAUUCAUUGACAUGCAGUCUUUAUGCUUAAUGGAAUUCGUUGAAAUAAAAAAUGAAAAGAUGUGCAAGUUACAAACA